AUGGAAAAGGACGGGAAGUUGAGCACCAGCGUGGAUUUUUCGCAACUGUCGGUGGAGAGAACUGAGGAGAAUGGAAAAUCUCGUUUGAGAAAAUGGACUUCGUCGUUCCAGCGUCGAGAACCGGUGAUUAUGGAAGACGAUGUUAAUAUGGAACUUCUGGACGAGCAAAAACGCCGUAACUACGAGCUUGCAAAUCAGCCAUACAGCAAAACUCUGGACCAGAGACAUCUGACAAUGAUUUCGAUCGGGGGAACGCUGGGUACCGGGCUUUUUAUCGGUCUGGGGUUUUCACUGGCCUCGGGCCCUGCAUCGCUGCUGAUCGGGUUUUUCAUCGUGGGAACCAUGAUGUUUUGCGUGGUGCAGUGUGCUUCUGAAAUGGCGUGCCAAUACCCCGUGUCCGGGUCCUUUGCUGCGCAUACGUCCCGUUUUAUGGAGCCCUCCUUGGGGUUCACGGUUUCUACCAACUAUGCUCUGGCUUGGCUCAUAUCUUUCCCAUCCGAACUGAUCGGUAGUGCCAUCACCCUGCGCUACUGGAAUUCAAGCGUUAAUCCUGCCGUAUGGAUAGCCAUAUUCUAUACCUUUAUCAUGGCUCUGAAUCUGUUCGGCGUUCGCGGAUACGGAGAAGCGGAGUUUUGGAUGUCUUUGUUCAAAGUCAUUGCCAUUGUCAUUUUCAUCAUCAUUGGUAUCGUGCUCAUUUGUGGCGGAGGUCCACAGUCCGAGGGCUACAUCGGUGCUAAGUACUGGCAUAACCCGGGUUCAUUUGCGAAACCGGUUUUUAAGGGGCUCUGCAACACUUUCGUAUCUGCAGCCUUCUCAUUUGGUGGUGCUGAGCUGGUAGUCUUAACAGCCUGUGAAUCUCGUAAAAUCGAGUCCGUGUCCCGCGCAGCUAAAGGCACGUUUUGGAGAAUUGCCAUUUUCUACAUCACAACCGUGGUUGUCAUCGGGUGCCUGGUUCCAUACACUGACAAACGCUUGCUGGGCGGUGAAAAUGAUGAGGAUCUGAGCGCUUCUCCUUUUGUGAUCGCUCUGAGCGGACAGGGCUCUAUGGGAGUCAAAGCUUCGGACUUCAUGAACACCGUUAUUCUGAUAGCUGUGUUAUCCGUAUGCAACUCGUGCGUAUACGCGGCUUCGAGAGUCAUUCAAGCGUUGGGCGCGUCGGGCCAAAUUCCUAGGAUCUGCGGUUACAUCGAUCAGAGUGGCAGACCACUAGUUGGUAUAGCUAUUUGCGGUGUGUUUGGUUUGUUGGGAUUCUUGGUUGCUUCUGACAAGCAGGACGAAGUCUUCACCUGGCUAUUUGCCUUGUGCUCCAUCUCUUCCUUUUUCACAUGGUUCUGCAUUUGCGCUUCUCAGGUGCGUUACAGACUAGCGUUGAGGGCGCAGGGCAGGUCUACAGAUGAGAUUGCCCACAAAUCCAUGUUGGGCAUUUACGGAGGAAUCCUGGGCGCUGUACUCAAUUUCCUGUUGAUUGUUGGUGAAAUAUAUGUUUCGGCAUUUCCUCUGGGCGAGAAGUCCAGUGCUAAGCAGUUUUUCCAAUACUGUUUGAGUAUUCCUAUCAUGAUAGUCGUGUAUGUGGCGCACCGUUUGUUUUUCAACAGAAAUAGACGUUUGUUGACGCCAUUGAAGGAAAUCGACUUGGACACUGGGACCAGGAUCACUGAUCUCGGUAUGUUGAAGCAGGACGCGAUCGACGAAAGGGCUAGAAUUGCUGCCAAGCCGCUAUACUACAGAAUCUAUCGUUUUUGGUGCUAA